UAUACAGAAUAGAAAGUGACGUCGUUUACAUCGGACCACUGAAGCUUGCAAUUUCAGUGCUCGUAGCGUACCCGUUGAAACUAUUCGGAAGGGAGCGAAGAGUUUUGGUUCGAGCAAAAGCGAGAGCAACCAUCAGUCGGGGAAACAGAGGAAAAUGGCUGGAAGACUUAGCACCGUAGCAUCACGGAUCAUGGGCGGAAACGGCGUAGUCAGCCGCUCCGUCGCUUCUUCUCUUCGUCUCCGCUCUGGCAUGGGGCUUCCUGUCGGCAAACACAUCGUUCCUGACAAGCCCCUCCCAGUAAACGAUGAGCUGGUUUGGGACAAUGGGACUGCGUUUCCCGAGCCUUGCAUAGAUCGUAUUGCUGAUACUGUAGGAAAGUAUGAAGCGUUGGCUUGGCUCUGUGGCGGUUUAGGGUUCUUUGCUAGUCUGGGGCUGUUGGCUGUAUGGAACGAUAGGGCAUCGAAGGUUCCAUUUACACCAAGAGUCUAUCCAUAUGACAACCUCCGAGUGGAGCUUGGGGGAGAGCCAUAGCUGGAUCAUUUGCUUUUAUCCCGCUCUGCCAUCUGUUUGCUUUUUGCAAUGUGGAACUGUUAGAAAUAAAGGAUCUUGUUUACCAUCACUGUAAUUAAUAUCUUCUGAUAAAUGGUAUAGCGUUUUUAUGCUUAAAGAACUGUUCAAAGAUUCUCAUGACAAAAUCAUGUGCCAACUUUCUUGUCUUUAUCACAUUCUCGUUUGUACGGGUCUAUGUUAUGCCAAUUUUGGCUCAAGCAAUGGUGAGAUGCUGAACAUUGUCUACGCAA